AUGUUAGCUUCAGGACCAGGUGGCCAGGGAACCAAGUACUUGCUGCUCUCGGUUCUGCUCCUUGCAGCGUGGGGGGCCGAGAGCGGCCAGGUCCAUUACUCGGUCCCGGAGGAGGCCAAACACGGCACCUUCGUGGGCCGCAUCGCCCAGGACUUGGGGCUGGAGCUGGCAGAGCUGGUGCCGCGCCUCUUCCGAGUGGCGUCCAAGGGUCACGGGGAUCUUCUGGAGGUGAAUCUGCAGAAUGGCAUUUUGUUUGUGAAUUCUCGGAUCGACCGGGAGGAGCUGUGUGGACGGAGCGCGGAGUGCAGCAUCCACCUGGAGGUGAUCGUGGACAGGCCGCUUCAGGUUUUCCAUGUGGAGGUGGAGGUGAAGGACAUUAACGAUAAUCCGCCUGUAUUCCCAGCAACACAAAAAAAUUUGUUUAUUUCCGAAACAAGGGCUCUUGACUCUCAUUUUUCACUAGAGGGCGCCUCUGAUGCAGAUAUCGGGGCCAACGCUCUGCUCACUUACAAACUGAGCCCCAGUGAGUAUUUUUCUUUGGAAGUACCCACCAACGACGAUCAGGUAAAACCGCUUCAACUAGUACUAAAAAAACUCUUAGACAGGGAAGUCGCUUCAGAGCUUCUCUUGGUGCUCCAAGCAACUGAUGGGGGCAAACCUGAGCUGACAGGUAGCACAGAGUUACACAUCACAGUGCUGGAUGUAAAUGACAACGCCCCAGUGUUUGACAAAGCAGUCCAUCGUGUAAAAUUACUGGAGAAUUCGAGAAACGGUACACUGGUUAUUAGACUUAACGCCUCGGAUUUGGAUGAAGGUUCAAACAGCCACAUUCUUUAUUCCUUUGCAACUGAUGUCUCCUCUAAUACAGAAGCCUUUUUCUGCAUAGAUUCAGCCAGUGGAGAAAUAAAAGUAAACGGAAAAAUAGAUUUUGAAGAAACUAAAUUAUGGAAACUUCAAAUAGAAGCAGUUGACAAAGGAAAUCCCCCGAUGUUUGGUCACUGCACAAUCUUGGUAGAAAUCUUGGACAUUAAUGAUAAUGCUCCGGAGUUGCUAGUGACGUCACUAUCGUUGUCUGUUCCAGAGGAUGCUACACUAGGGACUGUCAUCGCCCUAAUCAGUGUAACUGACCGUGACUCUGGUGCCAACGGGCAGGUGACCUGCUCACUAACACCCCAUGUCCCCUUCAAGCUGGUGUCCACCUUCAAGAAUUACUAU